AGUUCUCUGCGGGUGAAGAAGGAAAGACCUUCCAAGUUUAAGAGCUUUUUCCCCCGUGCUGGUCUCCGUUUUUCAUCCGUCCACCCAGAAGAAAAACAGCAAGGAGAUGAGCAUAUGAGCUGCUGAAUGCCAUUUUUCAUCAAUUAAAUCAGUUUGUAUGCAUGCGCGCUCUUAAUUGCCAGCUGGUGGAGCGCGCGCUGAGACGCACGGGCGCGAGGCAGCAGUUCCAAGGCUGUUAAAGCUCUCGCGCGCAGAGCCAAAAGUUUCUCUGACUGACUUCAGGUGUCUCGCGGAGCGCAGGGGAGCCACGAGGGAAUUACUGGCCGCCAUAUCGGUAGCUUCAGACGCAACAUGAUGGAUCGAUGGAGUCCAGUGCGCGAGACAUGGCUGCUGUUGCUGCUCGUGUCGGUGUUUUACACCUCAAGGGCAGCCAAUCCUAUUGAUGUCUUGAAGGUCCUGGAGCUGUCAGAGGACAUGGAGGGCGUGUCACUGGAGUCAGGACUGUGCACCGGCAGGCAGGGAGGAGAGGAGACAGACCUCUCAUUUAAGAUCGACAAGAAGAUUCAACUGAGCGCCCCUACCAGUCAACUCUUCCCUGAUUCACCAUUCCCCAUGAACUUCUCAGUGAUGACAACAGUCAGAGCUGCGAAAGGCUCACAGGUCUUUCUCCUCUCCUUGUACGACUCGCAGGGCACACAGCAGCUGGGUUUAGAAGUCGGCCGUUCUCCUGUCUUCCUGUACGAGAACCACGAGGGUCAGCCACCUCCAGAACUUUAUCCCACCUUUCGAAAGGUCAACCUGGCUGAUGGCAAGUGGCACAGAGUAGCUUACAGUGUGGAGGGCCAGUCAGUGACUCUCUACCUGGACUGUGUCAAACUGGACACCCUGGACUUGCUCAGAGGUCACCACCCCCACGUCAGCACCGAGGGGGUCACUGUGUUUGGAACUCGACUACUGGAUGAAGACGUGUUUGAGGGAGAGAUCCAGCAGCUGCUGAUUGUCGAUGACCCCAGGGCAGCAGAGACGUACUGUCAGGACUACAUCCCAGACUGUUAUGCACCUUUGCCUUACAACAGCAUACUAGUAGAAGCUGAAGAGGGUCCUGCUGGGAAGGAUGGACUUCCAGGUCACCCAGGUCAAAGAGGAGAACCGGGCUUCCAAGGGAAGACGGGACCUCCAGGACCAUCAGGUGUUGUGGGGCCACAGGGAAAAUCAGGUGAAUCUGGUCCAACAGGGGACCGAGGUCACCCAGGAGCACCAGGUGUACCUGGAGAGCAUGGUUUACCUGGGGCGGCUGGGAAGGAAGGAGGAAAAGGUGAUCCAGGUUUACCAGGGACAUUUGGAAAGAAUGGUCCUCCAGGACUGAAAGGGUUCAGGGGGAGCAGAGGAGCCCCUGGAAUUAUGGGACCACCUGGGCUGAAAGGAGGGUCUGGACCUCCUGGAUCACCAGGAGCCAUAGGGUCGACAGGUGAGAGGGGCCCUCCGGGAUCAGCAGGUGCCAUCGGACAGCCUGGUCGGGCCGGAUCAAUCGGAGGACCUGGACCAAUGGGAGAGAAGGGCGAGCCUGGAGAGAAAGGUCCGAUCGGACCAGCGGGUCAGGAUGGAGAACAAGGACCUGUAGGGAUGCCUGGGGCUACGGGCCCUACAGGACCUCCAGGAGACGAUGGGGAUAAGGGAGAGCAGGGAGAAUCAGGGCAGAAAGGCAGCAAAGGAGACAAAGGGGAAGCAGGUCCUCCAGGUCCCACUGGCACUCAAGGUGUAGUUGGUCAGCCAGGACUUCCGGGUGUAGAUGGACUGCGGGGGCCCCGGGGCCAGCAGGGCAUGUACGGUCCAAAAGGAGAUGAAGGACUCCGUGGCUUCAAGGGUUCUAGAGGACCAAUAGGAUUACAGGGCAUGCCUGGGCUACCAGGAGAGAAGGGUGAGAGUGGACAUGUGGGGCUAAUGGGUCCACCUGGUCAACAAGGCCCCACUGGUCCUCAAGGACCUAUUGGGGGACUGGGUCCAACUGGUCGAGUUGGGAUGAUAGGACAGCCAGGUAUUGUUGGAGAGAAGGGGGAGGAUGGUGAGGCAGGUGACCCUGGAGCAGUUGGUGUUCCAGGAAGGCCAGGAGAAAAAGGAGACCAGGGGGAGAAGGGAGAUACGGGCCCUCCAGGAGCAGCUGGUCCUCCAGGUGCCAGGGGCACCACAGGAGAGGAUGGUGCUAAAGGCAACUCUGGUCCUCCUGGUCUCACCGGGGACCUCGGACAGCAGGGGGAGGCGGGACCCAAUGGGGUGGACGGUCUGCCUGGAACUAAAGGAGACACAGGAGAUCCUGGGAAAUCUGGACCACCAGGAGCAACAGGGGAACCUGGACCAUCUGGACCUCCAGGACGAAGGGGCCAUUUGGGGAAACCAGGCAAGGAAGGAAAGGCAGGCUUGAAAGGAACAAAGGGUGCACCCGGUUUGGAGGGUCCUAUAGGGAAGACAGGGCCUGUAGGUGCCCAGGGACAUCCUGGGAAGCCUGGCCCCCAAGGCUUAAGAGGGAUCCCUGGCCCUGCAGGUGAGCAAGGUUUAAAUGGACCACCUGGCCAGACAGGACCACCAGGUCCCAUGGGUCCACCAGGAUUACCAGGUCUAAAGGGAGACCACGGCAAGAAGGGAGACAAGGGUCACGGCGGUCUAAUAGGUCUGAUAGGGCCGCCAGGAGACAUCGGGGAGAAGGGAGACAGAGGGCUGCCAGGAAACCAGGGACUGCCAGGUCCGAAAGGAGAUGAGGGUCCAGUUGGUCCAGCAGGUCCCCCCGGCCCCCCUGGCCCCACGGGUCUGUCUGGUGCCAUUGGUAUAAAGGGCUCUAAAGGAAACCAGGGUCCAAUAGGUCCCAGAGGAGACACUGGGCCCGCAGGACCUCCAGGACCACCAGGACAGCCAGCAGCUGGGAUGUCCCCUCUGCCAGAGCGAGGACGGAGAAGGAGAGCCCACUCCUUGGUGGAUGGUGCUGCAUUUGAAGAGGAGGAGGAGGCGGAGGCGAUGGAUGGGGGAGAGGAGGAAUGGAUGCAGAGAGACCAAGCGGAGCAGGAUGGUUGGAUGAAGGAGAAGCAGGGCCAAGGCAUGGAGGAAGUGUUUGCGUCUCUGUCCUCUAUGAAAGUGGAGGUGGACGGUCUGCGUAACCCACUAGGGACAUACCACAGCCCUGCGCGCACCUGCAAGGAGCUUUGGUUCCUCCACCCACAGCUCCCUGAUGGUGAGUACUGGAUAGAUCCCAACCAGGGUUGCCAUAGAGACUCCUUCAAGGUGUUUUGUAACUUCACUGCACAUGGAGAGACGUGUCUGUACCCUGACAAGAAGUUCCAGUCGGUGAAGUUAGCAGCCUGGAAAGGGGAGAAGUCCGGCACCUGGUACAGUAAAUUCAGGAAAGGACGGCAGAUUACCUACAGCGGGUCAGACGACAUUCCAGUCCACGUGGUCCAGUUGACCUUCCUGCAGCUGUUGAGUGCGACAGCCAAGCAGACCUUCACCUACCACUGCCUCAACUCUGCCGCCUGGCUGCAUGCCGCCACCCACAGCCACGAGCAUGCACUGCGCUUCAGAGGCGCCAACGGGGAGGAGCUGACACACGAGAACACACAUUACAUCACUGCACUGUAUGACGGGUGUCAGACGCGCUCAGGGCAGGAGAGGACGGUGUUGGAAUUUGACGCUCCACUGUCCAACACGCUCCCCAUCAUUGACGUGGCUGUGCCUGAUUUUGGGAAGGGGAACCAGAAAUUUGGUUUCCAAGUCGGCCCGGUCUGCUACAACGGUUAACCAUGCCGGGAGAUUUACAACAAGAAUAAUUUAAUAGGAAAAAGAGCCAUGGACACUUUUUACAUGCAGGGAGAAAACUACAUUCAAGACUUACCUGGUGCCACAUAUUUAUAAGUUGAUUUACCUACAACAGUGUUCUUCAUCCACACAUUCACUUUUUUUAUACAGACAUUCAUUCACUCUCUUUAGUUCACCUUAGUCAUCUCAUACAUUCACUGUGUUUUCAGGAGCAGUGCAUAUUGACUGUCAACCACAUCCUCACUUACACAUUUUGUUUUCCUGUCAUUCCUCUUUGAAGGAGUGAGUGGUGCUCUCACUGUCCCAUCCAUGUCUGCUCAUACAUUCAUUGAUCUAUGCACUCAAUAAUAACAUAUUCAUAACCAUACACAAGUCUCCAGACAUUAUGAGUCAUGUUCAGAAACACCAUAUUUUAGCAACAUUCACCCACCAUGUGGUUCUGCAAUGUCAUCAUACCUCAAUUUUCUGUGUUGUUUUUGUUUGUUGUUGUCAUUGUUGUUAUAAUUAUCUGUUAUGUGAUGUAUAUUGGAGUGUAAUUCAUCACGGUGCUAUUAUGUGGCUCCCUGUGGAGUACAUUUCUUUGUAAAAGGGAACUGGGGCAGUGCAUUUUUUUAUAUAUAUAUUGUGAAGCUGUGUUUUAUAUUUUUUCAACAUAACAAAACCAAACUGUGGUACAUGAUUGCCUCGAGGUCUUUCUGUGCAUAGUUGUGUGGGGAAGUGACUGAGUAACAUAUUUUAAUAAAAGUACAUAAUGUACAUUUAAGUUAAUAUGAUGACAUUAAGUUUUAUUGAAUGCAUUUGUGAAGCAGUGCCAACAGAGAAAAGGUUUGAGGAGCAGAGAGAGAGACACCAUCUGCUGCUCUCCAACCAGGGAAUUCAUUCAGUGAGCUCUUUUUAGGUCCGCACUCUAGUCUGUUUCUACUAAUACACACACUGCACUUCUCUUACUGUUGUGACAUAUGGUCGCAUGAUGGCUACAUACAGUGUAAGGGCAUGGGCACACAUGAGCAAAAUGAACACUGGUGAAUAUUUGCCUCCAUUCAGUGUGAGCGAAGGAAAGAAGAAAACAUUUGUUCUCAUUCAUAGCAUUUGUUUCGAUGUCUCACUAUGGGAUACGCCUCCCUACAUAUAAGACCAUCUUCAUCAGCUGGCAUGCUAACUGAUAUAAACCUUACCAUGACGGGUAGACUGUGUGACAUUCCAGUCUAUGGUGAAGACCAGACGGUUGAAGUGUAUUGGAGGCAGGUAGCACCCGGCGAUGGAGCUGUUAGCUUAUGGCUUGGAAAGUGGACAGUGAAGCUAGCUAGGCUAUGUUAUAGAUUGAGAUAUGCUCCGAAGCGUGAAGAGGUGUUUGAAUAAUGCUGUGUUGUAGCGCAGGCAAUUUAAUGCUAGGUGGAUACACUUGUUGCUGACGUUGCAAUCACCAGCCAAUCAGGUCUGGCUUAAUGAGAUAAAUGCUUUUGAGAAAUAUGCAGGGAGGCGUAUCCCAUAGUGAGACAUCUCACUCAUGCUACUCUCAGAACCGGGGUUACACAAGUAACCUAAAGUUUCUGGUGGCAAAGCAACACAUGAUCACAUGGCAUGGAGUUCAUCUGUGGUGAACUUUAGGAAGUCGCAGCCUCAAUCAGUAACAAAGAAAUAUGUGUGGAGAAGAUAACAAUUGUUGCUUUGUUUAAACAGCUGAUAGUGUAUGAUAAAUUGAUAAUAGUCACAAAAAAAUACAAACUGCCCCACAUGAGAGUGUGCUCACUGCCUCACUGGUAGUGAGCUGGCAGACAGGAUAGAACGUAAGAAAAUGGAAAUGUACUAAUAACAUCAUAUUACAGAGUGUUUAUUAGCAAGCUAGCCAGCAUCAGCAAACAAGUUGGCUUUCCAUUUCCAUCACAUCAGUCACUGCCCACAUUCAACAUGAAUAUUGCCUCGGCAGGCGAUGGUCACUUGCCUGUAUUCGCUCAUGUGUGACUGUACCCUAAUGCAUGUCUGUUAAAAACAAUUUUUAGGAACGGCAAUGUCAGUCAGUCCACUUACUUUAAAAUAUUUCAACAACUAUUGUGAAGAUUGCCAUGAAAUUUCCGUCAGACAUUCGUGGUCCCCGAAUUGUUGAGAAGAAAUCUUGGCUUGGGGGAAGGUAUCAAGUGUUUUCAAGCCAAAAAGGCUCAAAUCCAAGUGAAGUCACGAGUCAUUUGUGUUUAAGUCCAAGUCAAAUUGCAACUCUUUUUCGAUUUUGUCAAGUCAAGUCUAAACUCACCAAAUUUGUGACUCGAGUCCAGGUCAUGUGACUCAAAACCUGGGAUUCUGAUCCAGAUUAAAUUUUUUUUGGCCCUGGAAGAAGCAUACCAAUUUAAGUGAUCCCUCUUUCUUAAAGUGUCAGCAUGAGGUUGAGAUGUUUGUAUUUUAGUUAAAUGUCUCAACAGCUAUUUCAUGGAUUGUUAUCAACAAGUGUUCGUGGUGCAGAGAUGGUUGAUCCUAAUGACUUCCUCUGACCACAAACAAGUUGAUAAUGUUUUUUUAAGUAAAAUGUCUCGACAGCUAUUUGGAAGAUUUCAGUUAAAUUUGAUACAGGCAUUAACAUUCUCAGGAUGAACUGUAAAAACCGAUAAUCUCUUGGAUGUUUUCAUCCAGCACAGCUUUGCCUUAGUAAAACCUCACAGAGCCUCAAUGGCUGUAAACUUGUCCUGUCAGAUCUGCAUUUGAUUUAUUGUUUCUGCUAUUCCUAUAGCAUUUUUAAGAUGGUUUUGGGGUAUUUGAUGACCAUAUAAAAGCAUAUCAAUAAAAAGAUGGAGUAAUAUGA